GCCUGAGCGCGGCGGCCGCCCCUCCGGCCCGCGGACAUGACCGCGUAGCCUCCUCCGGGGCUGGGAUCCGUUGGAAGAUUUUCUUCAUGGAAGCGAUGUCUCCCCAGCAGGAGAGUCUAGGUGGGCAGCCGGGGCGCUCCUCUUCCCUCACGGGAGUAUCCCGGCUCGCCGGAGGCUCCGGCACGAAGAAGAAAAUGAAAACACUAGCGGAAAGGAGAAGAAGUGCUCCCUCUCUCAUCCUGGAUAAAGCCCUGCAGAAGCGGCCUAGUACCAGGGAAAGCCCUUCUGCAAGCGUGGACACAUGUGCAUUCCUGUCAUCAUUUGCGAGUUCUAGCAGGACUCUGCUGAUUGACGGCCGAGUAGAACUCAAAAGGGGUCUACAAAGGCAGGAGCGGCAUCUUUUCCUGUUCAAUGAUCUCUUUGUUGUGGCCAAAAUCAAAUAUAAUAAUAACUUUAAGAUUAAAAACAAAAUUAAAUUAACUGAUAUGUGGACAGCGAACUGUGUGGAUGAAGUUGGAGAAGGCAACACCAAUGCCAUGAAAUCCUUUGUCUUGGGCUGGCCCACAGUGAACUUUGUGGCCACUUUCAGUUCUCCAGAACAAAAGGACAAAUGGCUCUCUCUUCUUCAGAGAUACAUCAAUCUAGAGAAAGAAAAGGACUACCCGAAGAGCAUUCCCCUCAAAAUCUUCGCCAAGGACAUUGGGAAUUGUGCCUAUUCUAAAACUAUAACAGUAAUGAAUUCAGAUACAGUGAAUGACGUUAUCAACAUGUCAUUACCAAUGCUAGGGAUAACUGGCUCUGAGAAAGAUUACCAAUUAUGGGUCAAUUCUGGCAAAGAAGAUGCACCAUACCCACUCAUUGGACAUGAAUAUCCCUAUGGAAUUAAAAUGAGCCAUCUUCGAGACACUGCACUCCUGACACAGGGAUCAAAGGACUCUGCUGCCACCCCCAACCUCCAAGAGCCCUUCCUCAUGGAACAGCUGCCCAGAGAGAUGCAGUGCCAGUUCAUCCUGAAGCCCAGCCGCCUGGCUGCAGCCCAGCAACUUAGUGAUUCAGGUCAGAAGACAUUUAAAAGGAGAAGAUCUAUCAUAAACUGGGCCUUCUGGCGGGGUUCUAGCACUCAUCUGGACAGCUUGCCCAUGUCACCAACAUCACCUGUGCCAGGGCAGCUCUUUGGAGUUUCUCUGCCAAAUAUUUGUGAGAACGACAAUCUGCCCAAGCCUGUCUUGGAUAUGCUGCUUUUUCUGAAUCAAAAAGGACCCUUCACAAAAGGCAUCUUCAGGCAGUCUGCCAAUGUGAAAUCCUGCAGAGAGUUAAAAGAGAAACUCAAUUCUGGAGCCCAAGUACACCUAGACUGUGAAUCUGUUUUUGUGAUAGCAUCGGUCUUAAAGGAUUUUUUACGAAAUAUUCCAGGAAGUAUUUUUUCAUCAGAUCUCUAUGAUCACUGGGUCUGUGUAAUGGAUCAAGGAAAUGAUGAAGAGAAAAUAAAUACUGUUCAAAGGCUAUUAGACCAGCUUCCAAGAGCCAAUGUGGUUCUCCUAAGGUAUCUUUUUGGGGUGUUACACAAUAUUGAACAACAUUCCUCAUCCAAUCAGAUGACUGCAUUUAAUUUAGCCGUGUGUAUCGCUCCAAGCAUUCUUUGGCCUCCUACUUCCUCCAGCCCAGAACUAGAAAAUGAGUUUACAAAAAAGGUUUCUCUGCUUAUACAAUUUCUGAUUGAAAAUUGCUGUAGAAUAUUUGGAGAAGAAAUUACUUCCCUCUUGGGAGAGGUGUCAUUGAGAUGUGAUACUAGAGAGAAUGCCUCAGAUAUCUCUUGCUUUCAACUAAAUGAUUCCUCCUAUGACAGCUUAGAAAAUGAGCUCAAUGAGGAUGCUGAUGCUCCAUGUAGUGACUUGGUGAAGAAACUUGGCCAGGGCAGCAGAAGCAUGGAUUCUGUGUUAACCCUCAGUGACUAUGACCUCGACCAGCCUGAGCUAGAAGGCCUUUUAACCCUGAGUGACUUUGACUUAGACCAUUCUAAAGAUGAAGACAUACAAAUGAAACUCCCUGUUGAUUCCAAGCCGGUGAAUGUUCCAGUUGUAUACACGAAAAUCCCACCACAUGGUCAUGCCAGGGCCCCACCUGGUACAUGUACCCCCAGCUCCCUGUCCACACCUGUGGCAGGAGCUCCAAAAAGCCUGAGGCGACACCGGCGCUGCUCGGAGCCCAGCAUUGACUAUCUAGAUUCAAAGCUUUCCUAUCUCAGGGAAUUUUACCAGAAAAAGCUACGGAAAUCCAGCUGUGAUGCCAUUCUCUCUCAAAAGGAUGAGGACUGUCUGAAGCAGAAUCAACCCCUCCAGGAAGCGGGCAAGACAAGUUUUAAACAGAGUUCAGUCACAGGCACUGAGAGCAGCAAGAGAAGUGCCACUCAUCAAAACAUUAAGAAGAAAAGCUUACCUGGCAGUGAAGGAAACCAUGUGAAACUUUUCCCUAAGUCCAAGCCAGUGGCCAUUUCUGUGGCAUCUUACAGUCAUUUGUCCUCACAGGACCACCCCAGGAACCAGCCCUUUGAUGCGGAUCCAUCUGAGUAUUCCCCACCUCACAGGCCAGAUGCCCUCAAGGGUUCCAGGACACACCGGCGCUGCUCAGAGCCCAACAUAGAUGAUCAGAAUUGCAAACUCACCUAUCUCAGGGGGAUUUAUUCAAAGAAGCACCAUAAAACCAGCUGUGAUGCUGGCCUCUUGCAGGGAGAGGAAGACUACCUGAAGCGGCAUAAAUCGUUGCAGAUAGAAGGGCAAAAGCUUAUUAACCAGAGUUUGGUCAUGGGGAUUGAGGUGGGCAAGAGUAGUACAACAAACCAAAACACUGAGAAGGGUCUACCCCCAAGGCUAACCCUGUGCCCCAGGACUAGCUAUUCCAGCUUAUCCUCCCCAGGCACUUCCCCCUCCGGCUCUUCGGUGAGCUCCCAAGACAGUGCUUUUUCUCAAAUUUCUGAACACUCCGUGUUUACACCCACUGAAACUUCCUCUCCAAUAGAUUGCACUUUUCAGUCUCAAAGAAAACAGGGAGACUUUUCUUCUGAAUUUAGUAGUUCCAACCUCCUUUCUGGAAUGCCCAGUUCCUCAUCAGGUCAGGCCACCAGCCGUCUGCCAUACACAAAAAAGGACACCGUGGAGUGGCAUUCACAGAUGCAUGCUGUAACCCUUCACCCCAGCACAUGGCUGAGGAAUGGUGUGGCCAGCUUGAAAAACUGGUCCCUCAAAAAGAAAGCAAAGGCUGCCAAACCAGAGGAAAAUAAAAUAACUUCUGUGAAAGGACCCUUGGAGCCACCUCCACAUGCUUCUGGUAUUCCAGGAGCCAACUCACUGAAAGAGAGAGAGAGAGACAUGCCCCUAAGGGCAGCUGAAGGACUUGGAGCCACACGGACAGCCCAGUGGUACAGUUCUCAUCCCUGCCAGGACUCGGAAAAAUACUGCAGUUCUUCAUUCAGCCUCGUGGAAGGCAAACUCAAGCUUUGUAUAAAGUCCCACGAAGGAGGAGAGAACGGUGGCCAGCGCUCUCCUGGUCCACCGCCUUGGGAGAGAGCCUCAUCCAGCUCUGUGACUGUGGAUGAUGAAGCCAGCCCAGAUUCAAGGCCUACAGUGGUUUGUGAUGAUGGAGACGGAUAUUUAACCAAAGACAUUUAACCACAGUAACAGUUUGAUGUCUAUAAGAACAGGAACUGGGCUAUUAAUAAUGACAAUUAUUACAACCCCUUUAUAUGAGAUACUUGGGAUAGGUAGCAUAAGGAUAAUCAUUGCUGAUACUUAGGACAACAAACUAUUUCUCUUUGUUGAGACUACUUGGAGAAAGAUAAUGCUAAAAAAUUUCAUCACCUAAAUGUUUGGGAGGCUGUUCCUUCUGUCAAGUAUAGGAUUGGCCCUGCCAUGUGUCUUCACAGAUACUAGCACAGGGCUCAAGAAAGCAUUCUCUGUAGAGGAAGCAUGCCUUAUGUGAAGUGUCUGUGAAAUUAGUGUCUUAAGAAGACCAGAAUCAUACAUGAAGAACAGGGAGCAAGAGAGGGUACAGAGAAACCAUUCACAUUCCAUGGAAUGUUGAUAAUAAGUAGGCAGGAAAAAUGCCACUAAUCAAAGCAUGAAAACAAGCAUGUCUGGUAAUGAAGGAAAUCAUGUACAAGCGUUCCCUGAAUCCAAGCCUGUGGCCACAUCUGUAGCAUCUUAAAGUCACAUGUUGUCACAGGAUUAUCCCAGGAACCAGCUCAUUGAUGCAACUGUAGUAAACUCAAAUAAAUCAAGAGCCAUAGUUGCCAUGAUAUCAUAGUUUUUUGUUGGUGGUGGUUGUGUGAGUUGAUUUAUUUCUCCAUUAGUGUUGAACUGCUUUGUAACAGCUUGACAAAACGGCUGUGAGGAGAAGGGAGAUGGUUCUUCAUAUCAGUGCCCUGUCCGAAGAUGCCUGUGUUAGGAAAAUACUCCAGAAAUGCAACUUUUUCUAUUUAGGAGGUGACCUGCUGACAGCAUUCACUGUUUAUAGCAAUAGGUCUUUCUCAACUACAUGAAUGCUGCUAUCAACUUGAUCAAAGCAUGGCACCUAUAUGCUGAAAUGUUUCUCUGCGGCCCUGCCUCUUACAGAUUGAAGUCAACCAGAAAAAUUACUCAGGAGUCAUUCUUGACUUUGUAGUUUGGCAAUCUAGAGAGAAAUUUGGAAGUUGGAAGGUUAGAAGAAGUCACAGGAUAGAAUACUCAACAAAGUGCCUGUUAGGCCUUCUCAGACCAUCAUUGGAUUUGGAUUUUCUUACUUCCAGAAGUUUUACCAUAUUUUUGUUUCAAGUAAUUCAUGGCUGUCUUGUAUAUAGAGAAUUUUUACCCCAUUGGUUUGUUUUACAUCCAUGGACCUUUCUCUUCUCUUUUGCCUUAAAAGUUUAUAUCCACAAUUCUCCCCGAAGAAUAAUCGGGCCUUGUCAACCAAUAUGAAGGGGCAGCACUGAAAAUGGGUGUGCAUCUUCCCUCUGAUAUGUUGCUCAGAGGCCAGGCCCAUUUUAUCCAUUUAGUCCACCAUCAAUGGACCAUUCUCUCUCUAACUUAUUCCAAAUGAUUUUUCUUACCACCAGGAAUUUGUGACAUCACAUGUUCUCCUUUUGUCCUAAAGGUUGCAUUUUCAGUUACAGGGGAAAAAAUGUUUUCUCUAAGAAGGAAGUCAUUUUGUUAUUAGCUAGAGGUGCUACCUACCUCUUGGGGACAUGGCCCUGUUCGCCCUAAUCAUUAUCGUUAACUUUUAGAACUCUGUGUCUAAAGAGCUCCUUCAUGACCCUGGCCAGCUCAGUCACAGCUGUGAAGUAGAUUUCACCUUCUUAGCAACCACCCCCGUAUUAAGAUGCCUGAGUGUCCAUAUCCAUUGUCUGUGGAAUGAUAGAAAAAGUCAGCAGGGACUCCCCUUACUCUUAGGGCAUACUACUGUCAGAACUGCAAGAUGUGAAUGAAGCUCUUAGGGACUGCCGUGUCUUUCUGGAAGAAGUGACUUCUCUACUUACCACUAUAAUAGUUCUAACCUCUUUUCUUUCUUGUUGACUUGUAGAAAAUCACUCCAUUUGAAGCAUAGAAAAAAAUAGUUGCGGAGGUUGUUUCAUGAUCAUUCCUAUUCUCUGUGUUCCCUUAGAUGCUCCUAUAAUACUUAAUGUGAAUAGUUUGUUAAUAUUGCUGUAAAAUAUUAUAUUGUAUAAUUUGAAGACAGACUACAUGUCAUUUUAUCAUACUCCAUCAAGCUAUAAUAUAUUAGACUGAUGCUUUAUCUUAAAUGCUUUGAGUUUGUAUAAUAUAUCUUGACAAAUUUUAUUAUCAUAUGUUAUGUAAUAAAUGUGUAUUUUUGUACUUGCAGAAACUGCUGCUAACUUUUAAAGUUGUUUGGUUUCCAAGGCACUGAUACUGGAUGUGUAUGAAGUCCAUGCUGUCUGUUAAAUAAAAUGCCAUUCUGCAGAGUUAACAACCCUGCUGGAGCAGUAUUGCCCUUUGGAGAAUUAUUUUAGUUAGUGGGCCCAAUCUCUGCUUAACACUGGAAAUUUCGUAGAGUAUAAUUAAUGUUGAAUGGGAACUUUGAGCUUUCGGCCAUAAGCCAUAGUUAGUCUUUCUAGGAAACCAGUGGUUUGGCCUUUUUUCCCCCCAAUCUCAUUAACAACAACAAAAAAAAGUCAUCAGUCUAUGUUCUUACAUCAAAAGGAUCAUUCGCUCCGUUUGAUUUAUGAGGUUUUCUUGUCUAAGUGUAGACCUUUCUAACCUGAGCACCCUGUUGACCCCAGACAGAGACCAAAACAUCAGUGUUUUUCAGCUUAUGUAAAUGUGCUGAAUAUGACUGGUUUCUCAUGAUGGUUCAAUCUUUGCCUUCUCAAAGUUCUAAGAGGUUUCCUCUGUAAAUUUAACUACUGGUUCCAAGUCCAGAAAAAUUAUUUGCUCUUAUUUAUCAGUGAAGACUACAACUCCACUAUCAGAAAUGUCACUACUUACAUUUGGGAAAUGUACACAUACACUGAUGCAAAUUUCUCUCUAAAUUUUACAAAAUUUUAAAUAUAAUUUUAAUAAAGUUCAUCUAUUGAAAACCUUAUAUUUAAGGAAUUACC